AUGCCUCAACAGUCCUCUGUCAUUAUCACUGGGGCGUCUGGUGCACUCGGGAGCAGAAUAGCUCUCAAGUUAGCUGCACUCUUUCCUGGUCAAUACUACCUUGUCCUGGCCGCCCGAAAUACCAGCAACCAAAGUACCGAACAAUUGUCGUCACAACUGCAAGCAGCAGGCGCCCUUUUUACCUGGGAGAAACUCGACCUAUCCUCUCUCGCAGCAGUGAAUGAUUUCACCGACCGAGUGCUUGCCGCCAUUGCAAAAAAGCGAAUACCUGCUUUAUACGGCCUGGUCAACUGUGCCGCCAUUCAGAUGGUUCCCAUCACCAAGACCGUGGAUGGCUUCGAUCUGGAAACUCAAACCAACGUUCUUGCUCCUAUGCUAUUGAUCCAGAAGCUUAACUCUGCUCUGGAAGGUGGAGUGGUUGUCAACGUGUCCAGCUCCACACAUAGUAUAGGGGAAUACGACUCAUUCAGAAACGAACAUGUCUCCUUGGACAAGUCCACUGGCACAGUUCUUAGUACACCAGCGGCACUCAAAAAGUAUGGUAGCACGAAGCUCAAUUUGAUGAUGGCUGGUUAUGCCUUGCAGCGAACUGAAAGAUUCGCUGACAUCCAGAUGGUUUCGGCGGACCCCGGAGGAAUGAGUGGUAGCUCUCGAUUGGCACCUGAGGGACGCUUGGCCUUGAAGAUGGCUCAGGCGGCCUUCGUCGCUAUGGGACCGCUUCUCCGAUUGUUCUUCCCGUCUGCAAUCAACCCGCCAGAAGUGCCUGCGGCGGCAUUUGCCAAUAUCAUUCAUCAAGCCAAAGAACAGAGGAUGGCUGCACACUAUGUAAUUGGAGAGAGUAAAGAGUCGUCGCCCCUCAGCCGAGACGAAACGAAGCAGGAUGAGGCACUGGCUUUCGUCAUGGAGGAUUUGAAGAAGUGGCUUUGA